GUGAUGGCUAACCCUCUGUAUUGUGCACUCAGGCUCGCCCCAUAUAUUCUCAUUUUACUAAAAGGCUAUCACAUAUGACCAUAGGGCGUGGAGAACAGGGGUGGUUUAGGUUGUACCUUGGGGGCAUUGAGAGAGGUUCUUGUAGCUCCAGCAUAGCUAUUGUGUUUGGAGUGAGAGGGUUGGCGGCUUUCGUCUUCUUUGAACUGGUGUACAGUCGCUAGGCUUUUGCUGAAGUUGAGGGCCAGGGUCCUGAUAUCCCUGCCCAGAGAAGCGGCUCCCUGUAGGCCCUGCUCUUCUGAAUAACCAUGGAGACAAGCUCUAGAACGUCAUCUCCAGUGGUCUUUAUUCGUGCUGUUUUCAAUGCCACUGCUGCUUCGAUGUGGCUUUGGAGUUCCAAGCCCAAUUGGCUUUGGGGAGACUCGGGGUUUGGGGUUGCAGGAGGGGUAUCCUGUUCAGGCUGUGUGGGCGAACACUGAUUCUCAGGGAAAUGGCGAAAGACAUGUUGAGCUUGCUUUAGUUCAUGAGCACGAGACAUCAGCAAUUCAACCUGUCAUUUUACGCCAACCAGUUCUUCCUCACUUGCGGGUCAGGGAGGGCUGAGUUGUUAUCUGUGCAUCCAGAACUCUGAUGAAAGGAGUCAGGAAUGAAGUCAAAACGGAGGUGGCGGAUGCCGCGAUGCUAGCAGGUUGUUCAUUCGAACAAGGCAGCCAAUUGUAGAAGUGUACAUAGGCAUGAACAUAGCAGUGGUAUUCAUAGAAAACGGAUCCAUCAUAGGACGCUCGGCCAGAAGGAGAUGAAGGGUUGGAGGAUGACGUGAUGAAAAUUAUGGUGGACUAUUCAAUUUGCAAGGCAACAUUUUAUCUCAAACAUCAUUUCUAUUAGCAGACCUUUCCAACAUGAGUGGGGGGACCAUACUGGUGUGAAAAGACUGCAGCUUCAAGGUGAUUAUGACUGCAUUCAGCGAAAAUGGGGUGGCGCA